AUGCACAUUUUAACUGGUUAUAUCGAGAAGAAGGCUCCAGCCCAGGCCCAGAUCGUCCACGCUGGCCAGGCAUGUGUGGUCAAAGAGGACAACAUCAGUGAGCGCGUCUACACCAUCCGGGAGGGGGACACCCUCGUGCUGCAGUCUCCAGCCCAGGCCCAGAUCGUCCACGCUGGCCAGGCAUGUGUGGUCAAAGAGGACAACAUCAGUGAGCGCGUCUACACCAUCCGGGAGGGGGACACCCUCGUGCUGCAGUGCCUUGUCACUGGGCACCCGCGGCCCCAGGUGCGGUGGACCAAGACCGCAGGAAGCGCUUCGGACAAGUUCCAGGAGACGUCGGUGUUCAACGAGACGCUGCGCAUCGAGCGCAUCGCGCGCACACAGGGAGGCCGCUACUACUGCAAGGCGGAGAACGGUGUGGGCGUUCCGGCCAUCAAGUCCAUCCGCGUGGACGUGCAGUACUUAGACGAGCCAGUGCUGACGGUGCACCAGACCGUGAGUGACGUGCGUGGCAACUUCUACCAGGAGAAGACGGUGUUCCUGCGCUGUACUGUCAACUCCAACCCGCCUGCCCGCUUCAUCUGGAAGCGGGGCUCUGACACCCUGUCCCACAGCCAGGACAACGGAGUUGACAUCUACGAGCCUCUCUAUACCCAGGGCGAGACCAAGGUCCUGAAGCUGAAGAACCUGCGGCCCCAGGACUACGCCAGCUACACCUGCCAGGUGUCUGUGCGCAACGUGUGCGGCAUCCCAGACAAGGCCGUCACCUUCCGGCUCACCAACACCACGGCACCACCGGCCCUGAAGCUGUCUGUGAAUGAAACUCUGGUGGUGAACCCUGGGGAGAACGUGACGGUGCAGUGUCUGCUGACAGGCGGUGACCCCCUACCCCAGCUGCAGUGGUCCCACGGGCCUGGCCCGCUGCCCCUGGGUGCUCUGGCCCAGGGUGGCACCCUGAGCAUCCCUUCGGUGCAGGCCCGGGACUCUGGCUACUACAACUGCACCGCCACCAACAACGUGGGCAACCCUGCCAAGAAGACCGUCAACCUGCUGGUGCGAUCCAUGAAGAAUGCCACGUUCCAGAUCACCCCCGACGUGAUCAAAGAGAGUGAGAACAUACAGCUGGGCCAGGACCUGAAGCUGUCAUGCCACGUGGAUGCAGUGCCCCAGGAGAAGGUGACCUACCAGUGGUUCAAGAACGGCAAGCCGGCACGCAUGUCCAAGCGGCUGCUGGUGACCCGCAAUGACCCCGAGUUACCUGCUGUCACCAGCAGUCUGGAGCUCAUCGACCUGCACUUCAGCGACUACGGCACCUACCUGUGCAUGGCUUCCUUCCCGGGGGCACCUGUGCCUGACCUCAGCGUCGAGGUCAACAUCUCCUCUGAGACAGUGCCGCCCACCAUCAGCGUGCCCAAGGGCAGAGCGGUGGUGACCGUGCGGGAGGGCUCGCCUGCGCAGCUGCAAUGCGAGGUGCGGGGCAAGCCGCGGCCGCCGGUGCUCUGGUCCCGCGUGGACAAGGAGGCUGCGCUGCUGCCCUCGGGGCUGCCCCUGGAAGAGACUUCCGACGGGAAGCUGCGGCUGGAGCGCGUGAGUCGCGACAUGAGCGGGACCUACCGCUGCCAGACGGCUCGCUAUAAUGGCUUCAACGUGCGCCCUCGGGAGGCCCAGGUGCAGCUGAACGUGCAGUGUGAGUCCCACCACCCAGCCCGGCCCGCGCCCUCGCCCACCUCAGUCCAGCCAAGCCCCUCCACCUACCUCGAAGUCUCCUUGACGCCCGUGUCCCUUGCCCCACUUCCAUCAUCAAAUGCCCCCUCUUCGUUUUCAGUAACCCAAUCAACAAAGAAGUGACUUGAUUCUGACAGGUGGAGAUGGGAUUUCGAAGGGGGAAGGACCCUCAAAGGGGAGCACAGAGUAACUCACCACGCGCCACACACUGUUCUAAGAGCAGUUUAACGCUCUAACUCGGGCAGCUACGAGUGCAGCAUCUCCAACGACGUGGGCUCGGCGGUCUGCCUCUUCCAGGUCUCGGCCAAAGCCUACAGCCCGGAGUUUUACUUCGACACCCCCAACCCCACCCGCAGCCACAAGCUGUCCAAGAACUACUCCUACGUGCUGCAGUGGACCCAGAGGGAGCCCGACGCUGUGGACCCUGUGCUCAACUACAGACUCAGUGUCCGCCAGUUGAACCAGCACAAUGCCAUGGUCAAGGCCAUCCCUGUCCGGCGGGUGGAGAAGGGGCAGCUGCUGGAGUAUGUCCUGACUGAUCUCCGUGUGCCCCACAGCUAUGAGAUCCGCCUCACGCCCUACACCACCUUUGGGGCUGGCGACACGGCUUCCCGCAUCAUCCACUACACAGAGCCCAUCAACUCUCCGAACCUGUCAGAUAACACCUGCCACUUCGAGGAUGAGAAGAUAUGUGGGUACACCCAGGACCUGACAGACAACUUCGACUGGACGCGGCAGAACGCCCUCACCCAGAACCCCAAGCGCUCCCCCAACACUGGUCCCCCCACUGACAUCAGUGGCACCCCUGAGGGCUACUACAUGUUCAUCGAAACAUCGAGGCCCCGGGAGCUGGGAGACCGGGCACGGCUGGUGAGCCCCCUCUACAACGCCAGCGCCAAGUUCUACUGCGUCUCCUUCUUCUACCACAUGUAUGGGAAGCACAUCGGCUCCCUCAACCUCCUGGUGCGGUCCCGGAACAAAGGGGCCCUGGACACACAUGCCUGGUCCCUCAGCGGCAAUAAGGGCAACGUGUGGCAGCAGGCCCACGUACCCAUCAACCCCAGCGGGCCCUUCCAGAUUAUUUUUGAGGGGGUUCGAGGCUCAGGCUACCUGGGGGAUAUUGCCAUAGAUGACGUCACCCUGAAGAAGGGAGAGUGUCCCCGGAAGCAGAUGGAUCCCAAUAAAGUGGUGGUGAUGCCGGGCAGUGGAGCCCCCCGCCAGCCCAGCCUGUGGCUCUGGGGGCCUGUGGCCGUCUUCCUCUUGGCAUUGCAGAGAUGAUGAGAGCUGCCUGGCCCCCACCCCGCCCCCGGCACACCAAAGUGUCCACAUCGUACCAAAGACUGACCCCCGCCAGCUGGGGUGCCCAGGGGCAGGGCCGGCCUGCCAGGGAGGGGUCCUACGCUGGCUUCGAGGAUGAGCAGAGAACAAGGACAGAGGCCUGGCACUGAGGCCCUGGAGACGGUUGUUCGACACACGCACACACACACACUCACUCUCACAGAGAUAUAUUAAAGCACAAGUUUCUAUCUGACCUGCCAGCACCUUCUUUACUGCGGAGACAGGGGACUUGCCUGAAUGGCGUCCG